UCCAGGAGAGGAACCCAUGUUCACGUCAAUGAUGAAAGACUGGAUUAGUUUCACCUAUCUGAAUGAAUAUCUACAUUGUGUGAUUUGGUGGUUACUUUAUAUGCCUCUCAUCUUGGAACUGAUAUUCAUUUUAAUGGUAUACGUUGCAAUAUGUAUUGUUUCACUUUCUCUAUAUAUAUACAAGAAAAUUAAUAACGCACCAGAAGACAAGCUGAACAAAAUAUGGGAUAAUCCAAGGUCUAUAAUUUCAUACAUGGGGAGUACACUUGGAAAGAUAGUGCAUGGUUAUGAAAUUUGUGGAAUAGAAAAUAUUCCAGAAGGACCUGCUGUUCUUGUUUAUUACCAUGGAGCAAUGACAUAUGAUUAUUACUUUUUUAUAUUCACAUUCUAUAGAAUCACCGGUAGAUUCCUCUUUUCUGUGGUGCAUCAUUUCCUUUUUCGUCUACCAGGGCUAAAAUUUCUUUUUGAAGUGGUUCGUUGUAUUGAUCCUACAAAACAAGAAUGUGUGGCUCUUCUGAAAAAAGGACAUCUAUUGGGCAUUGCACCUGGUGGACUUCGAGAGCAGAAUUAUAGUGACAAUACUUACAAGCUUGUGUGGGGAAAUCGAAAAGGAUUUGCUCAAGUGGCCAUUGAUGCAAAAGUGCCCAUCAUUCCUAUGUUUACUUCAAAUGUCCGAGAGGGAUAUAUCACAUAUGGAAAUAUACGACCAAUGAGAUGGCUUUAUGAAAAGACAGGAAUUUUACUAUUUCCUGUGUGUGGACUAUUUCCAGUCAAAUUUCGAGCAUAUAUUGGGCAACCCAUUCAAUAUGAUCCAAAUAUAACUGCAGAAGAAUUAGCUGAAAAAACAAAAAUUGCUAUGGAAGCUUUACGAGACAAACACCAGAAAAUACCAGGAAACAUACUAAGAGCUUUGAGGGAACGCUUUGAGAUGCAUGACAGAAAUGAAUAAUGUGAAUAAAGGACUGUAAUAAUAUGCACCAAUAUUUUCAGACUUGUUCAUUGCACUGAACUUUUACAUAAAUACACAGUUGUUGUCC